AUGGAAACCUCGUCGCCUUCACUCGCCCCAUCGCCGGGCGCCACGCUCUCCGCCGUGAUCGCCGAGGACCGCCGCCGGGAGGCCCGCCGCCGCCCGGGGGGCUUCGGACAGGGCGGUCUCCUCCCGUACCUCGUCCCGGCUUGCGGACGUCCGGCCGGCCAGAUGGGCGGCAGGCCGCUGCACUCUGAGCUCAUGAUAAAACUGCACCGUUGGGGCGCCACCUUCCUGCCCAAGGGCGGUGGCGGCGGCGCCGUCGCGCGCGACCUCGAGGCGCGGCGCCGCGCGCCAAGCCCGCCGCCACGGCCUAGACCGUCGAUCGCACCGGCUGCAGCGGCUGCGGCGGAGGCGGAGGUGGUGCCGCGCCACGAGGCGCCCGCCGUGAGUGUCCCCGCGAGGAGGCCUUUGAGGGAGAGAGAGGAGCCGGCGGCGGGGCCCAAAGCCAUUGCCGAAGCUGACAUGCCCGCCGGCGAGGGCGCGGGGGGCAGCGACGGGGCGACGCCGGUGGCUACCGUCGGUGGAGGAACCUGGCUCAGAGUUUCGCCCAAGACGACAGCGAGGUCACCGUCAGUGAAGACGGACACGAGCAACGAGUCCCCUCGGUCUCUCGUCGACUCCCUCGCAUUGGCCGUGGUGGGCGAUGACAAGUACGUGUGGGCGGACAAGUACCGGCCCAAUGUCCUCAACGAGUUCAUCUGCAACAAGACCGUCGCCGCCGAGCUCUACCAGCUGUUUGUUGCACACCAGUGCAGCCAUUUCAUCUUUGAAGGUCCGCCGGCGGUUGGGAAGAGAAGUAUGGUACUGGCACUAAUAAGGGAUGCUUUUGGCCCUAAUGAUCUCAAGAUAGAGGAACAGACAAAGAGAUUUGAGCUGAAGGGAGAAGUUAGAAAGCACAUCGAUGUAAGAGUGAAGACCUCCGAGCAUCAUGUGGAGGUGAGCUUGGCUGAUUUACAUGGCUAUGAGAAGUACGUCAUAACUACUUUGUUGAGUGAAUCCAUCCGAUCACCAAACUCUGCUUGUGACCAUACGAGCUGCAGAGUGAUUGUUAUCCAUGACGCUGAUAAGCUCUCGUUCGAUCUUCAACAUUAUAUCGGUUGGUUUUUGGGGAGGUAUGCCGGGUGCAACAAAAUCAUUUUCUGCUGUUCUGAUGCUUCUAAUCUUGAAGCCAUCAAACAUCUCUGUAAGGUCGUGACUCUUCAACCACCUUCCUUUGACGAGAUAAUAAAGGUUCUAGAGUACAUUGCAAUGCAAGAGAGCAUUGAUCUGCCUCGUGAUCUUGCUAGGAGAAUUACAGUUGGCGCAAGCAAUAAUCUCCGACAGGCAAUACGCUCUUUUGAAGCUACUUGGAAGGCAUACUACCCGUUCAUAGACGGUCAAGUUAUUUUGACAGGAUGGGAAGAAGAAAUCUCUAAUGUGGCCAAAAAUAUCAUGGAGGAGCCAAGUUCAAAGCAACUGUUUGUUAUCCGGGGAAAGAUCAGAAAAUUGAUUGAACAUGAUAUGUCACCUCAUUUCAUUUUCUCUCACCUGGUCGCUGAACUGAAACGGGACAAGGAUGAAGACUUCCAGCACAGUGUUGAUGAACUGGCCUUGGACUUGAACCAUGUAACCAGUCGCAAAGGAAACAAAUCACCGGAGGCAGAUUUGAAAACGAAAAAUAUGAACAUAGAAGAUUUCGCCACGGAGGUUCGUGACCAUGGUGAAACCAUCCAAUGCUUCAUAAAGAUUGAAGAAUUCACCGUGAGGUUCCUGAGCUUCUACAGAUCUAUAGUGGCAAAGAACUCGAAUAGAGGCAGUCCUCGAUGA